GCAUGGGUCCUCAUUCUUAUAUCUUGUCAUCAGUAAGACUAUAAAUGUAACAAGGAUCUUCCUAAGAAGUCACCAUGUCAUACUCCUGCUGCUUGUCUCAAAACAAGUCAUUUUAUUUUAUUUUCACACCGUCUUUCCUGUGAGAUUAGCCAGUAACAUGAAACCCACUAACCAAACAACUCUUUUAGAAUUCCAUCUUUUGGGACUGACAGAUGACCCAGAACUGCAGCCCCUCAUCUUCAGCCUGUUCCUGUCCGUGUAUCUGGUCACCAUCCUGGGAAACGUGCUCAUCAUCCUGGCCAUCAGCUCUGACUCCCACCUCCACACCCCCAUGUACUUCUUCCUCUCCAACCUGUCCUUCACUGACAUUUCUGUAAGCACAACUGUACUUCCAAAGAUGCUGGUGAACACUCAAGCAAAGGAUCCGAGCAUCACCUACAUAGGCUGCCUCUUCCAGGCAUAUUUUGCUCUGCUUUGUAGUGCCUUGGAAAACUGUCUCCUCGCAGUGAUGGCCUGUGAUCGCUAUGUGGCCAUUUGUCACCCACUGAGGUACACGAUCGUCGUGCACCCUGGACUCUGUGUCCUGCUGGUUCUACUCUCUCUGCUCAUCAGCACUGUGCACACCCUGAUCCACACUCUGACGGCACUGCGGCUGUCCUUCUGCACAGACCUGGACAUCCCUCACUUCUUCUGUGAACUUGCGCAGGUCAUCAAGCUCUCUUGUUCUGAUACCUUCAUCAACAACCUGCUGGUAUACUUAGCGGGUAUCAUAUUUUUUGGUGUACCUCUUUUUGGGAUUAUUUUUUCUUAUAUCCAAAUUGUAUCCUCUAUCCUGAAGAUCCCAUCAGUGGGUGGAAGGUACAAAGCGUUUUCCACCUGUGGGUCUCACCUCUCAGUUGUGUCCUUGUUCUACGGGACAGGUUUUGGAGUCUACAUGAGUUCUGCGGUUACUGACUCCUCCAUUAAGAAUGUAGUGGCUUCAGUGAUGUACAUUGUGAUCCCUCCAACACUGAACCCUCUUAUCUACAGUUUGAGGAACAAGGAAAUGAAGAGAGCCUUGAGGAGUCUCAUUGUUGGAAUAUCUCUUGUGUGA